AUGGGAAACCAACUGGCAGCAGCAACUGCGGUAAAUGUAACGGAUAUUUCCUCAUCUCUUCAAUUAGUAGCCCCACUAGGCGGUGAACACCGAAAUUACUUUCGUUCUUUCCGUUGUAAAAAAAUUGUCGAUAUGUCUAAUUCCGUAGAGUCUCUUAGUUCACGUCAUCUUUUCUAUUCUAGCAGUAAUCGAUAUGAAAAAGUAUCAUCCUCCUCACAACGUCGUCCAUCCCAGUGGUCUAAUAGUAAUACAGAUGUGGUUGUGAAAGUAUUUGUACGUACACUUGGGGAUAAUAGAGAACGAGAAUUGGUAGAGUUUUGUUAUGAUCAUCUUUUAAGUAUUGAUGCCCGAAUGACACCUCCACACGUUAUUCCAGGUGUAAAUUCCAUUCCUAGUCCACACCAGCAAAGUGAAUUAUUUCCACCUUGUAAUAUUUUAUUUUAUUCCGCUAUGGAAGUUCAUAAUGAUCGUUUUUGUAAAUUAGAAAGACCUUAUAUUGCCUUUACACUUGCAGAGCGAUUGGCUACACGGCCUUACUGGAAUUCUGCAGAAAGACUCUUCGCGGGUUAUCAAUUACUACAGAGUCUCGUACAAUUACAUGAACGGUGGGGAACUGUUCAUGGAGAUUUAAAGAUUGAUAAUGUACUUGUGAAUACAUAUGGUUGGAUCUAUGUAACAGAUCUUUCUCCUUUUAAACCAGCAUUAUUACCUGCAAAUAACCCAGCCUUAUUUGAUUACUAUUAUGAUACGAAUGAAACUCGUAUUUGUUAUUUAGCACCUGAAAAAUUUGUGGAACAGCCAAUUUCACUGACAAUAUCUAAUGUUAAUGCCACUACACAUACUCAAGCGAUGGAUAUUUUUUCAGCUGCAUGUGUAUUAGCCCAUAUCUUUACAGAGGAACCUCUUUUUUCUCUCUCAGAGGUUCUCUCUCUACGAUCUCUACAAACACAAGAAGAACGGGAAUUAUUCGUAAAUAAAAUCUUAACAGAACGUGGUGUUCCCAUUUAUGUAAGCCGUAUGUUACGUAAAAUGCUUUCUACGUGUGCAGAUCAUCGUCCUACCGCACGGCAGUUACUGGAAGAGUUUACACCUGAAGUAUUUCCACCAUACUUUGAGUUUAUUUAUUACGAUAUUCUCCCAGUAUUACUUUCACGACCACCAGAUCAUCAAGUACAACUUCUCUAUUCUCGUCUAGAAGAUAUUUUAGAUGAAGCCGAAAGACGUUGUCAGGAUACUACUACUACUACUAAUAAUAAUAAUAAUAAUAAUAAUAAUAAUAAUAAUAAUAAUAAUAAUAAUAAUAAUGCGAAACAAUCUACUGUAUUACUCUUAUUACCUAUUGUUGUGAAUGCCAGUCUUCAUGCCGUUAUUGCAGAUUCUUAUCUUCGGCUUGUGUGUAUUAUUCAGAAAAUGUUACCUUUUUGUCCAAUAGAAGUACAGAAAGAUACUAUUUUUCCUUAUAUUUUAUAUUAUGUACGAUUAGAAAAAUAUCCAGAUGUGGCUCGUGUAUUAGCACUGCGAACAUUAACUAUGAUUUGUCGUUCUAUUCCCUUUUCCGUAAGUGAUGCUACCAUGUUUGAUGAUCUUAUUCUACCUUGUAUAGAAGAAUUGGUAUCUUCUUUAAACUCUAGAAAUACAGCUUUAAUGGUGGAAUUAGCUCAUCAAUUACCUGAAUUUUUAUUAUUAGCACGAUCAUUUCUUGAACAACGACAGGGACUUGCCUCUGCAAAUGCGUGGGAAUCUCCAUUUGGAAGACAAUUAAAUGAUCUCCUUGAUCGGGGUUGGGAUAUAUUACGAUCACUUUAUAAACAUACACAUACAAAAGUUGUAGUGGCACUUCUUAAACGAACGGUGGAUGUGGUAACUUUCCUUGGUGAUGAACGAACACAGGAUGAUCUUAUUCCUUUUCUCACAACAGCUAUUUCUUCUACCAUAGAUGUUCAACGAGAAUUAUUUCCACAAGCUAUUAACUGUCAUUUAUGCUUACAAACACCUAAAUUAAAAACAUUACGUCUCUUUAUAGAUGAAGGAUUACGGCAAACUGAUAUUACAUGUUUAAAGAGAACUAUAGAUAGUAUUACAGCUAUUGUAAAUAAAAAUUCUCUACCUGUUUGGGAUAUUAUGCCAUUAGUACAUCAAGCUAUACCACAAAUUCUUAGUCCUAAUAAAUGGGUAAGUAGUGCGGUAUUUUCUUUAAUUGAAAAUGUUGUUCGUAUGCAUCGUUUAGGUGAUGUUUGGAUGUAUCUUGAAUGUGUACUUCGUCCAAUGCUGCGAUAUCAAGUCCCACUUGCAUAUAUUGCCGCAUUUCCUACUGCUGUGCGAUCUGAGUUAUCUCAUUCUUAUCAUACAGUAGAAGAACAGAUGGGGAAAGUACAUCGUACGGUAAGUAUACUGGGAGGAGAUGUGGAUUUUCGUCAACAUUUACUUCAUCGUAUUGCUAUGCAAGAGCCACUUUAUAAACUUUCAUUAAAUGUGAAGAAACGUUCUCUACAAGGUUUACAAACACAUGUCACAUUUGUGGAUGUAUCCUAUGAUCCUCAUAUGCUAGAUACAACUAUGUUUACAAGAGAAAAGAAGGAGAUUUCAAGUAAUGAGAAUAAACAACAAAUGGAUAGUAAUAGUAGUAGGAAUAACAAUAAUGAUAAUCGUAUCGAAUGGAAAUUGUUAUUUAAACCUACAACACGUGAAUGUAAGCGACUUUACUUAAGAGAAGGUAAAUCAUAUGAAGAAAAUAGUUCCAAAUCUUCUUUUUACUUGGAAUCUGAAAAACGAAAUUCUAUGGAAGGUUUUUACGCUACCGGACGUCGACGAAAUAUAAAUGAUAUUUCUACUUCUAUAGAAUCUAUUUAUUAUUCCCCCUUAUCAGAUGUGAUAAGAGUUGAAAAGGAACUUAAUCCAAUAGCGGCCCCAUGUUUUUCACGAAAUGCCCAUCUUGGUGGUAUUUACUGUUCCGCUGCAACUAAAAGAGGAGGAACUUUAAUAACUGCAGGAGGUCGUGGAGAUGCGAUUUUAUGGUCAUUAGGUAAAGAAGGUGUAGAUUACGCCCAUCGUAUUCACACCGAAGUCUCUGUUAUGAGUACAUUUCUAUUUAGUAAUAUACUUCGAGAAGGUUUAAGUCCUCUUCUUUGUAUGGGAGGAACAGAUGGGGAAUGGCGUUUAUAUGAUGUCUCUAGUAAUAAUAUUCUCCUACAUCGAUCCUUUGAUGGUAGUUCAUUAACAUCCGCCGCUUCAUUGGAUGAUUCUACUAUUCUUAUCUCCAGUGCAUUAGGUGGUCUCUUUGCAAUAGACUAUAGAACUGGAAAAGAUGUUUGGCAUUCUGCCCUUCCAGCCUCAGUUGGUUCUCCAAGUGGUCUCUCACCAUUAUUUUAUGAUAAUAGAGCCUAUGGAGUAUCUGUUGUUACUCGUGGUGGUGGAGUGGCAUUAUUUGAUUUGCGUUUUCAAUUACUACUUCAACAGUAUCAACUAACACCUACAGUUUCUUCUCAGGCGAUGAAUUUGGUAGAAAACCCACACGCUAUACUCUGUGUAGCCCCAGAUAUUCCAUCUAAUAAUAAUACUAGUAAUACUAAUAGUAAUAGUAAUAAUAGUACAUUCGAUAAGAAUCAACAUCCUGGAUUACUAUUAGGAACACAGUCUGGAACGGUGUAUCGUAUGGAUCUCGCUACUGGAGAUUUCCACAUUGCACUUCAGCCGGCCACGAAAGGGAAAGCCAUUCGAUCACUAUUAGUGCAGCCCAAACAUGCCGUGGUAUUAACCGCUGGAGAUGAUAUGUGGAUUAGGAAAUGGAUCUUAACAACACCGGGGAAGUCCAGAACAUUGGUUUGUCCUCCCUAUACUUCACCAGGAUAUAUGGGAACCACACGUGGAUUCAUUGCGGAGGUACAAUCACAGAAACAAGAAGGGGGAAAUGUGGUUUCUUCUACUACUGCUGAAUUGUAUUCUACAGAUCUAUCUACCAUCAAUUCCUAUAAUAAUAAUAAUAAUAAUAAUAAUAAUAAUAAUAAUGUGGAUAACAACAACAACAGGGGAAGUUUUACAGUUGGUAGUAGUAAUAGUAAUAGUAGUAGUAUGUUGCCCCCGCGACACCACGAGGAUGCUAUUCUUACCAUGUGUGUUGCUUCUAAUGGAAAUGAGACGUAUUUGGCUUCUGGUUCUCGUGAUGGUACCUUAACAUUUUGGUUCAAUGGGGCGUGA